AUGAACCGGCAGCUAGUGAACAUUUUGACAACCUUGUUUGCAUUUUUCUUAGAGACAAACCACUUCAGGGCGGCUUUCUGCAAAGACCAUGACUCCAGGUCUGGAAAACAACCUUCACAGACCCUAUCUCCUUCAGAUUUCUUGGACAAAUUAAUGGGAAGGACAUCAGGAUAUGACGCAAGAAUCAGGCCAAAUUUUAAAGGUCCUCCAGUAAACGUUACUUGCAAUAUUUUUAUCAACAGUUUUGGAUCAGUCACAGAAACCACCAUGGACUACCGAGUGAAUAUUUUUCUGAGACAACAGUGGAAUGAUUCACGGUUGGCAUAUAGCGAGUACCCUGAUGAUUCUCUGGACCUGGACCCAUCGAUGCUGGACUCCAUUUGGAAACCAGAUUUGUUCUUUGCCAAUGAGAAGGGGGCCAACUUCCAUGAUGUUACCACGGACAACAAAUUACUUCGUAUUUCAAAAAAUGGCAAAGUACUCUACAGUAUCAGGCUCACCUUGACCUUAUCCUGUCCCAUGGACUUGAAGAAUUUUCCAAUGGAUGUCCAGACUUGUACAAUGCAGCUGGAGAGUUUUGGGUACACAAUGAAUGACCUGAUAUUUGAGUGGUUAAGUGAUGGUCCAGUUCAAGUUGCUGAAGGAUUGACCCUGCCUCAGUUUAUUUUGAAAGAAGAGAAGGAACUCGGCUACUGCACAAAGCAUUACAACACUGGAAAGUUUACCUGCAUCGAGGUUAAGUUUCACCUGGAACGCCAGAUGGGAUAUUAUUUGAUCCAGAUGUACAUCCCCAGUUUGUUGAUAGUCAUUUUGUCCUGGGUCUCUUUUUGGAUAAACAUGGAUGCGGCCCCUGCCAGAGUUGCACUGGGCAUAACGACAGUCUUAACAAUGACCACCCAGAGUUCAGGCUCCAGGGCAUCUCUGCCGAAGGUCUCCUACGUAAAAGCGAUUGACAUCUGGAUGGCGGUGUGCCUUCUGUUUGUGUUUGCAGCCUUACUGGAAUAUGCAGCAGUGAACUUUGUCUCCAGGCAGCACAAGGAGUUUCUGAGGCUCCGGAGAAGACAGAAGAGGCAAAAUAAGGAAGAAGAUGUUACUCGUGAAAGUCGUUUUAAUUUCAGUGGUUAUGGAAUGGGUCACUGCCUUCAAGUGAAAGAUGGAACAGCUGUCAAGGCCACACCUGCCAACCAGCUCCCACAGCCCCCCAAAGAUGCAGAUGCCAUCAAGAAGAAGUUUGUGGACCGGGCAAAAAGGAUUGACACGAUUUCUCGAGCUGCCUUCCCAUUGGCCUUCCUCAUUUUCAACAUCUUCUACUGGAUCACAUACAAGAUCAUUCGGCAUGAAGAUGUCCAUAAGAAAUAG